ACGCAGAGGGAGAGGAGAGAUGAACGAGGUGCUCGCAUGUGAGGAUCUCCUCAGCUUGCCGGGGUAAGGCAGGGCUGGUGAAGAGAAAGGACGAAGAGGAGGAGGUCUAGAGGAAUACUGCAGUGAUCAACCAGAUUCUUUCUUUUUCCCCGUUGAGUUUUAUCCAUCACCGCCUCACUGUUCCCGUCCCCCGUUCUUCUUCAUCCACUCUUCGUCUCUGACAGUCAAACCAUGAAGAUGCCUGCUGCUUGUUGCUAAGGGGGAGCCAACCAGUGGGAGCAGAGGGAACCAGGCGUUAUUUUUGUUUGGAAGGCCUUAGAGAAAAUGGCGGAGGGGUCCAAGGAUCAGGGAGGAAGUGGCACCGCUGAGCCAGAAGAGGAUUCUCCCAAUAUGAUUGUCUACAGAAAGAUGGAAGACAUUGUUACACGAAUACAAGACGAGAAAGCCGGAGGUGUUGCCAUCCGGACCGUUAAAAGCUUCCUCUCCAAGAUCCCAAGUGUCGUAUCAGGAACAGAUAUUAUUCAGUGGCUUGUGAAAAACCUCUCAAUUGAAGAUCCAGCUGAAGCCAUCCACCUCGGGAGUCUGAUCGCAGCCCAUGGCUACAUCUUCCCCAUCAACGACCACGUUCUGACACUAAAGGAUGAUGGAACCCUUUACCGCUUUCAGUCUCCAUACUUCUGGCCUUCAAACUGUUGGGAACCUGAGAACACGGACUAUGCCAUUUAUCUGUGCAAACGCACCAUGCAGAAUAAAGCCAGGCUUGAGCUCGCCGACUAUGAGGCAGAGAACCUCGCCCGGCUGCAGAGGGCUUUCGCAAGAAAGUGGGAGUUCAUCUUCAUGCAAGCUGAAGCUCAAGUCAAGAUUGACAGGAAGAAGGACAAGGCGGAGAGGAAGAUCCUUGACAGCCAGGAGAGGGCGUUCUGGGAUGUUCAUCGACCAGUGCCAGGCUGCGUCAACACCACAGAGAUGGACAUCAGAAAGUGUCGCAGAGAGAAGAACCCACACAGGGUGAAAAAGUCAGUCUAUGGAAUACCAGAUGAUGGUCAGAGCCAGCCAAGUCCGGUCCACAUCAGCUCCCAGCCAAUCAGGAAGCCCACCAAAGAGGAUGUUCAGAAGGAGAUCACCUUCUUAAACAGCCAGCUGGAUAGACACUGUAUGAAAGUUUCCAAAGUGGCCGACAGCCUGAUGACCUACACGGAGCAGUUCAUAGAAUACGACUCGUUUGUGUCGGCUGCGGAGCCGUCCAAUCCCUGGAUAAGUGACGACACAACCUUCUGGGACGUGGAGACGAGCCGUGAUCCCAGCCAGCAGCGUGUGAAGAAGUGGGGGUUCUCCCUGGAGGAGGCGCUGAGGGACCCAGCAGGACGAGACCAGUUCCUCAAGUUUCUGGAGUCAGAGUUCAGCUCAGAGAAUCUACGGUUCUGGUUAGCGGUGCAGGAUCUGAAGCGAAGGCCGUUCCAUGAAGUGCCCUCCAGGGCUCAGGAGAUCUGGCAGGAGUUUCUGGCCGAGGGAGCGCCGAGCUCCAUCAACCUGGACUCUCACAGCUAUGAGCGAACCAGCCAGAACCUCAAGGAUCCAGGACGAUACAGCUUUGAGGACGCUCAGGAUCAUAUAUUCCAGUUAAUGAAAAGUGACAGCUAUGCACGCUUUUUGCGAUCUAACAUCUACCAAGACCUCCUGCUGGCCAGAAAGAAGCAGCCAGCAGACACUGAACAGGGCCGCCGCACCUCCUUGGAGAAGUUCACCCGCAGUGUGGGCAAGUCUUUGACAGGAAAGCGUCUGACAGGCCUGAUGCAGUCAUCCUGACACAGCCAGGACUGGAGGGGGACAGCCGGACCCUGCUGGUGGGGGGACAGCCACGCAGGGACUCAGACAGUGGAGCUGUGGUGGACAAGGCUGCUGUGGAGCCUCUCGAACACUGAUCCGAGCCUGGCUGCCAUACUGGAUGAGCAGAGCUGGGCUCGCUGGGGUGAAAACACCAAACGAAACCACUGAAGAAAAUACGAUAGCUACAAGAGCUAAAAAAAAAAAACACCACACAACGUGCAGCAUCCGGACAGACGCUGCUUCCUCUACAUCACUCCAGUGACAAACAAACUUUGGCUUAACUAAAACAAUUGGUUUUCAUUUAAAAAAGAAAAAGUGUCUUUGUGUUGACAGAAUCUCCUUUAGCUCCAUUUGAAAUGAUGAAAAGGCUAUUUCAAACUCCAAUCAUCAAAAAUCAGACGCAGUCUGUCUCCUAUACAUUUCAGAUCUCCGAAGGCAGCAAGCAAUAAAACAAGUCUGCAACUUUUCUUUGCUUAGAUUUUAAUCCAAUUUCUUUUUAUAUCUUGUAACUCUUGUUUUCUAAGUAUAUAACGAG